GUCGCUUAGUUGCAAACUGUUCCUCAGUUCAGAGUCGCCUCAUUAAAUCUAGGAUAUGUUAAGAAUUACAUUUACUUAUGCUUAAGAAAUAAAAUGGUUUUUAUAGCUGCCUGCUGAUAUUUCCACUCUAAAUCACAGCGGCAUUAUAAACAAAUUGUGGCAUAUAAAUCUAUCUUGCGAAAAAGGUCAACCCGAUAAUGCUUAUCGGUUAUUGUUAUGUGCGAAAAACUAAAAACUACAUUAAGAAAAUGUCAUUAAACUUUGCGUAUGCAAACAAACUACUGAUACAGUUUAUGAAAGCAAUUUCACCGCAAAAAACAAAAACAAUAAUAAAGCACUUGUACUGUGAGCGUUACCCAAAUAUUUAUCCACCAAUAAACGCGUGUGACGACGAGUCAAGACGAUGACGACUGCAGCAAUGUCGACCGCCCGUCUGAAGGUCUGCCGGUAUAAAAAAUAUGUAUAUAAAAGCCCGUUGCCGCCUGAUAAAAGCGGGCACGUCUGAUUAUACUCUGCAGAACUGAGUAUAUAUAUCCAGUCCAUUCCACCACGAAGCACAGUCAAGCUACAGCCAGCAACCAAACAAUUAGCCAAUCAAUCUAUCUAUCCAAUAUGUGCAGACUUCCUUUGCUAUUCAUUUUGGGUCUAGCAUGCGCACAGGCAGUGCCGCUGGUAUCCUACGACGACAUUGACGACACGGAGGCCAUUGAGCUGCCAGGCAUUGAAGAGCCAUCGGCGCCUAGUAAGGACAUCAUUGACUUGAGCUCCUAUGGCAGUGCCAUGUAUGGCACUCCCGAUCAAGAGCUAACAGCUGCCCUAGUGGGCAAUUUCAGCGCCGACAGUGACACAGUUAAUCCCGAGGAGUUGGGCAGCUAUCUUGAGGGAGAUAUACUCGUGCCACAGUCACCGAUUACCAUGAAAAAUGGCCUGACCACACAGAGUUCACGCUGGCCCAACGGUGUGGUGCCAUACGAAAUCCGCGGCAGUUUUAAUGCCCGCGACAUGGCCACCAUACAGGGCGCCAUUGAGCAGUAUCACAAGCGCACUUGCAUCCGAUUUGUGCCGCGCAGCAGUGAACGGGAUUACAUUUCAAUUGUGAGCGGCAACUCGGGCUGUUGGUCAUCAGUGGGUCGUGUCGGUGGCAAGCAGGAGGUGAAUCUGCAGUCGCCCGGCUGCUUAAGUCGACCCGGCACAGCCAUACACGAGCUGAUGCAUGCCCUUGGCUUCUUACACGAGCAGAAUCGCAUGGAGCGUGAUGGCUUUGUCGCUAUCCAAUACAGGAAUAUUCAAUCCGCAGCCGUCAGCAAUUUCGAGAAGGCCGCCAAGACGGAAGCAUUUGGCAUCCCCUACGAUUAUGGCAGCGUUAUGCACUAUUCAGCGAAUGCCUUCUCCACCAACGGGCAGCCGACUAUUGUGGCGAUGCAAUCGAACGGGGCUUCUAAAAUGGGUCAGCGCAACGGAUUCUCCGAGUUCGAUGUGGACAAGCUAAAUCGCAUGUACGACUGCGGCUAUGUGGGUGGAUCUGCGCCAGCGAUUGGAGCUGGGGUACCAGCGCCUGCCCCUGCACCAGGUGUUCCAGCGCCAGCUCCUGUUGUUCCCGGCGGAAAUCCCAUCGUUGAUAGUUUUCUCAGCGGCCUCAUCAGUGGACUGGGUCUUGGAGACGGCGAGGACGAAAAGGCCACUGAAGCUAGCAACUAGACCAAAGAACCUGCCAAAUUCAUAUGUUCACAAACGCAACCAACUAUUUAAUGCAUAACCCAUACA